AUGGUGUUUGUGCCCGGACGUCGCCGCCGUGUCGAACCCGAAGCGGCCCGGGUAAUAACCGACGGGUUGCGGGCCAUCGGCCCGGAGGGCCCCAAAUCGGUCGGCCUUUUUGGCGACCAGCCGCUGGACGAGGUAUUGGAAAUUGUCGCCGUUGCUGGCCUCGACUACGCCCAAUUGUGCGGCGAAGAGGCGCUGGAUUACUGCCGUGCGGUCCUAAAGCACGCCGGCGUUAUCAAGGUUCUCCACGUGUCCGACGACGACCAUCCUGACGCCGUCGCAAACAUCGCUGAUCGAAUCGACGCUUUCAUUGCGGCCGGGUGCACCGUGACCUUGGACAGCCAGGUGACCGGAUUGCACGGCGGAACCGGCCAGUCCUUCGACUGGCGUAUCGCCGGCCAACUGGCCGUCAACGGGCGUCGGUUCCUCCUCGCCGGAGGAUUGACCCCCGCCAACGUCCCCGAGGCUGUCGCCGCGGUUCAUCCUUGGGGCGUCGACGUUUCCAGCGGCGUGGAAUCCGACGGCGCAAAAGAUCACGCAAAAAUCCGACAAUUCGUGGCCAAUGCCCGGCAGGCCGCCUGA